AUGGUGAGAAAAAUUAGCUCAAAUGCUGUUAUGGAGCUUCUUGAGGCCUCACAUUUAGGAUUGAAAGGAGAAAAGGUAUUCGAUGAGACCAAAACUUGUGCCAUUAAUUUUCUGAAGGACACUAUGCGGAUGGAAAGUCCUAUCAACGUGGACCAACCAUCGAAUCUAGCUGUUGAAAGAAUAGUCCAUUCCUUGGAGCUGCCGUCCCAUUGGAGAGUACCGUGGUUCGAUGUCAAAUGGUACGUGGAGCAGUACAAACACGAGAAAAAUAUGAACGUUCAUUUACUUGAACUAUCCAAAUUGAAUUUCAACAUGAUUCAGGCCACACUUCAGUUGGAGAUCAAGGAAUUAUCCAGGUGGUGGGAGAAGCUUGGCAUUAAAGAGUUGAGCUUUGCAAGGAACAGGUUGGUUGAAAGCUUCAUGUGUGCAGCAGGAGUUGCUUUUGAGCCCAAGUACAAAUCCAUCAGAAAAUGGCUCACUAAAGUUAUUGUUCUGGUACUAGUCAUCGAUGAUGUUUAUGAUAUUCAUGCCUCAUUUGAAGAGUUGAAGCCCUUCACAAAGGCGUUUGAGAGAUGGGGCGACACAGAACUUGAAGAACUUCCAAGGUACAUGAGAACAUGCGUCCAUGCACUUCAAAAUGUCACAAACGAAAUCGCUUAUGAAAUUGGCGGAGAAAAUAGCUUCCACCUGGUAUUACCUUACCUAAAGAAAACGUGGAUAGACUUUUGCAAAGCAUUAUACGUGGAAGCAAAGUGGUACAGCAAGGGAUACAUUCCAUCGUUGGAAGAAUAUCUAAGCAAUGCUUGGAUUUCAUCUUCGGGUCCAGUAAUUUUACUCCAUUCAUAUCUUGGUACAGUGUAUCAAGUAACGGAUUCAAUGGAUGAUUUUCUACACACGUACGAAGAUUUGGUCUACAAUGUAUCUCUUGUGAUUAGACUAUGCAACGAUUUAGGGACGACAGUGGCUGAAAGAGAAAGGGGUGAUGCAGCUUCGUCGAUCGUAUGCUAUAUGAAUGAAAAGGGUGUUUCAGAGGAUAAAGCAAGAAAGCAUAUCGAAGAGAGAAUCAUUGAAGCAUGGAAGAAGAUAAAUGACAAGUGUUUUGGUUCUUGUGGUUGCUGGAUGGAGCCAUUUCUUACUCAAGCUACAAACGCAGCUCGUGUGGCCCAUACACUUUAUCAAAAUGGCGAUGGUUUUGGAAUACAAGACCGUGACAUCAAAAACCAUAUCUUAUCACUACUUGUAGAACCCCUUUAA